AUGAGUACGGUCAUAAAUAAAUCAUAUCUCGCUCUAUCUGCUCUUCAAAAAUUUCCAGAGCUUAAAGUCUUUAUUAUGUUUAAAAAUCUUUACAUACAAUUCUUGCAGUUUAUUUAGAAACAGGAAAUCUAAUCUGUAUAAUUUAAUUCGAAUGGAUGUAAAGGAUGAGCAAUCAGGAGACGGACAAUGAACAGGACGAGUUCCUUGAAUCGCCAAGACUGACUGAUAUCUAUUGUACUAACUCUCGAAGAGACGUAGAAGGCGAUGUUGUUUACGAUUCCAGCGAUCCCGAGACACGCGAAAAAUUAUUGCAAUCACCAACUCAUAAAGAAUUUUAUCAAUAUAUUGAACGUAGAGAAAAAGGUGAAGCAAAGUACAAAAAUUGGAUACGUAAGAUAAGCGAAAAUCCAAACCUUGCAGAAGAGGUCGAACAUCAAUGUGGGAUGAAUGUUUACUUAGCAAAGAAUAGGGUACGUUACAGUUAUAAACCCGAUUCCACUGUAACUCAUAUACCAGGCAUCAGAUAUAAAGUAACAAUCGUUUAUGACAAAUUUUCACGCAAAUGGUAUAUCAGUCUAGGUCAUUCUCGUCUGCCAGAGAAUGUGACAUUUAGCAAAAAACGCAUUGAGAAGGGCACUUAUGAUCCUAUUGGACCAAGCACUCUUAGAAUGAUACAAAAUUUAAAGGGAGCAUUACAUUUCCGUGCACAAAAGAUAGGAUAUGUGUAUAGUUUAAUAGAUAAUGCAAAAGAAGUUUAUAAAGAUAUAGAAUUUGACGUAAGCUUAUGUUUAAGCAAAAUACAGAUAACGUUAAAAGAGAAAGCCUGGCCAAAAGAUAUGGAGAAAAUACAUUCAACAGACAUUAUUCAUCUAGCAAUAGAAGUAAAUGACAACUUCCAUGUCACUAAUCUUUCAUAUGAAUAUGCGAAUCGUAAAGGCGUGGGUCUAGAAAAAAGAAAGAUGUGCUUAUCAAAAUUGGAGCAGAAGUUGAAUAUAUUUAGUGAUCUUCCUUUUAAAGAAGCAUUUUAUAUGUUCAUGAAUUCAGAUGCUUUUUCUUCUGAGACAAUGCCUUCUUCUGAUGACAUAUUCAAUUAAUACCUUCAUUUAUAAUUUAUAUAUUAAUUAUUAUAGUUAAUAAGUAACGUUCA